AUGGAACCGGCAAGCGUCACGUUGGACAACGCACGCCUUGCUCGUGAACGUAUGCAGCAGCGAUACCACCAUCUCGAUGAACUCGAUCGAAGAAAUCAUAGCCGAGGAGCUAAAUACAAAGUGGGUACAUUAGUGCGAGUCAGUAGAGCGAAAGGAGUUUUUGAGAAAGGAUAUGAGGCGAAUUGGACGGAAGAAAUAUUUCGGAUUCACCGUAUUUACGAAUGGCGAAAUCCUCGUGUAUGCGAAUUAAGUGAUCUGUCAGGUGAAGUGAUUGACGGGAUAUUCUACGAACAAGAACUGACCAGGGUAAAUAAUAACUUACAAGAAGAAGAGUUUAUCGUGGAUAAAGUGAUACGACGCAGAGGACGAGGAGCUAAUAAAGAAUUAUUCGUCAGCUGGCGAGGUUACCUCUCUAAAUUUAAGUCUUGGAUACUUGCUUCGAACCUAAAGUUGCUUCCAAACCAUGAUGGGGAAAGACCGGUUCCUCAUGAUUCUACCGAGCAAUAG